AUGCAGUCAUCAAACGUGGCACGAAAGCCGCAGAAGCGUGAAGCUGCUGAGCGGGUGCAGAUUUUGUAUCUCCGCCAAGAAGUCGCGCAACUGCGUCGGCAGAAUGUGGAGCUACAGAACCAGGUCCGGGCAGGUGAUCUUCAAGUGGAGAACUUGAGCGGACUGGUCAAGGACUUGCAGGACUCGCAACGGAGUCGGACCACCUCCGCCUCGACGUCCACAGCAGCACCGGGUCAACCUGGAGCUCUUCCGCUGCAAGCGGGUCCCAGCAGCGGGGCAAGCACACCUGUCGUUGCCAUGCCAGUGGUCGGGUCACCGACAAGUGUCAACAGUGCAGGUCAGCCUUUGGCACAGCCAAUUGCAGAGGCACAGGCCAGAACGUAUGGCCAGCGACGUUUGUCCAUGGACGGCCAGUCUGGUGUGAUCGUGGCAUCACGCACCUCCGCUGUGAACCAGGCGCAGAGAUAUGCACGCCAGGCAGAAGCAGGUGAGCGCGGAUCAGCCUCCCGACCCUCAAGCGCCUUUCAGAGACACAAGGAGCAGAUGGCCUCCAAUCGGCGCAUUAUCGUGGCGGCCCCGACCCAGGCACAUCAUGCAACUGCUGGCAGUCAAAUGGCUCGGAUGUUCUCUCCAAGGAGUCGACAGAUGCAACCGACACGAAGUGUGGCGAGUUGCGCCGCUCUGCGAGAGCCAGCGGCCUUGCGCGAGCCGGCUGCCAGCAUUGCACAAGCUGCUCAGGCAGUGGCAACGCAAAGUGACAGCCAAUCACAGCAGGUGCGACCCACCGCUGUGGCCGGACCGCACCUCGCAGGCUUCGGCUCGAGCGGCUUCCGCUCGGCCUCAGUGGACCAGAGAGCUCGAACACGAAUUAGCACUGCCAGGCGAUCUUUACGCCGCCACUGA